ACAUGCUACAGACGCUAAUAUAUAUAACACUCUAGGGCCAGAACUACUUAACUCAGGAAUUAUGGAAAAAGGAGUGGAAAAAGGAACUUAAAAUAUAAUGUAUAUUUUUGUAAAAUAUUUUAUCUAAAUGUUUUAUAUAAUAUACAACAGUUAAUCAAGUAAUGGUAAUGUAGGCCUCUGUACACUCCUCUGUUACCCAUGUACACUCCUCUACACCCCUCUGUCACCCAUGUACACUCCUCUACACCCCUCUGUCACCCAUGUACACUCCUCUACACCCCUCUGUCACCCAUGUACACCCCUCUAAACCCAUCUGUUACCCAUUUACACUCCUCCGUCACCCACGUACACUCCUCUACACCCCCAACACCUCUCUGUCACCAAUGUACACCACUCUGUCACCCCCUACGCCCCCUUUCACCCAUUUACACCCAUCUAUCACUCAUAUACACUCCUCUAAACCACUCUGCCACCCAUGUACACAUCUCUACACCCCCAACACACCUUUGUCACCUUUGUACACCCUUCUAUCACCCCGUACACCCCUCUUUCACCCCCUACGUCCCCCUGUUACCCAUGUACACUACUCUACGAUCCUCUGUCACCCAUGUACACUCCUCUACACCCCUCUGUCACCCAUGUACACUCCUCUACACCCCUCUGUCACCCAUGUACACCCCUCUACACCCAUCUGUUACCCAUUUACACUCCUCUAAGCUUCUCCGUCACCCAUGUACACUCCUCUACACCCUUCUAUCACCUAUGUACACCCCUACACCCUUCUGUUAUCCAUGUAUACUACUAUGCGCUCCUCUGUCACCCACGUACACUCCUCUACACCCCCAUCACCUCUCUGUCACCAAUGUACACCACUCUGUCACCCCCUACGCCCCCUUUCACCCAAUUACACCCAUCUAUCACUCAUAUACACUCCUCUAAACCACUCUGCCACCCAUGUACACAUCUCUACACCCCCAACACCCCUCUGUCACCUGUGUACACCCUUCUAUCACCCCAUACACCCCUCUUUCACCCCCUACGUCCCCUGUCACCCAUGUACACUACUCUAUGAUCCUCUGUCUUCCAUGUACACUCCUCUACACCCCUCUGUCACCCAUGUACACUCCUCUACACCCCUCUGUCACCCAUGUACACUCCUCUACGCCGCUCUGUCACCCAUGUACACCCCUCUACACCCAUCUGUUACCCAUUUACACUCCUCUAAGCUCCUCCGUCACCCAUGUACACUCCUCUACACCCCUCUAUCACCAAUGUACACCCUUACACCCUUCUGUUAUCCAUGUAUACUACUCUGCGCUCCACUGUCACCCACGUACACUCCUCUACACCCCCAACACCUCUCUGUCACCAAUGUACACCACUCUGUCACCCCCUACGCCCCCUUUCACCCAUUUAUACCAAUCUAUGACUCAUAUACACUCCUCUAAACCACUCUGCCACCCAUGUACACAUCUCUACACCCCCAACACCCCUCUGUCACCUAUGUACACCCUUCUAUCACCCCGUACACCCCUCUUUCACCCCCUAAGUCCCCCUGUCACCCAUGUACACUACUCUACGAUCCUCUGUCACCCAUGUACACUCCUCUACACCCCUCUGUCACCCAUGUACACUCCUCUACACCCCUCUGUCACCCACGUACACUCCUCUACACCCCCAACACCUCUCUGUCACCAAUGUACACCACUCUGUCACCCCCUACGCCCCCUGUCACCCAUGUAUACUCCUCUGUUACCAAUGUACACUACUCUACGCUCCUCUGUCACCCAUGUACACUCCUCUACACCCCUCUGACACCCAUGUACACUCCUCUACACUCCUCUGUUACCCAUGUACACUCCUCUACACCCCUCUGUCACCCAUGUACACUCCUCUACACCCCUCUGUCACCCAUGUACACUCCUCUACACCGCUCUGUCACCCAUGUACACCCCUCUACACCCAUCUGUUACCCAUUGACACUCCUCUAAGCUCCUCCGUCACCCAGGUACACUCCUCUACACCCCUCUAUCACCAUUGUACACCCCUACACCCUUCUGUUAUCCAUGUAUACUACUCUGCGCUCCUCUGUCACCCACUUACACUCCUCUACACCCCCAACACCUCUCUGUCACCAAUGUACACCACUGUCACCCCCUACGCCCCCUGUCACCCAUGUAUACUCCUGUUACCCAUGUACACUCCUCUACGCUCCUCUGUCACCCAUGUACACUCCUCUACACCCCUCUAUCACCAUUGUACACCCCUACACCCUUCUGUUAUCCAUGUAUACUACUCUGCGCUCCUCUGUCACCCACUUACACUCCUCUACACCCCCAACACCUCUCUGUCACCAAUGUACACCACUGUCACCCCCUACGCCCCCUGUCACCCAUGUAUACUCCUGUUACCCAUGUACACUCCUCUACGCUCCUCUGUCACCCAUGUACACUCCUCUACACCCCUCUGUCACCCAUGUACACUCCUCUACACCCCUCUGUCACCCAUGUACACUCCUCUACACCACUCUGUCACCCAUGUACACCCCUCUACACCCAUCUGUUACCCAUUUACACUCCUCUAUGCUCCUCCGUCACCCAUGUACACUCCUCUACACCCCUCUAUCACCAAUGUACACCCCUACACCCUUCUGUUAUCCAUGUAUACUACUCUGCGCUCCUCUGUCACCCACGUACACUCCUCUACACCCCCAACACCUCUCUGUCACCAAUGUACACCACUCUGUCACCCCCUACGCCCCCUUUCACCCAUUUACACCCAUCUAUCACUCAUAUACACUACCCUGAACCACUCUGCCACCCAUGUACACAUCUCUACACCCCCAACACCCCUCUGUCACCUACGUACACCCUUCUAUCACCCCGUACACCCCUCUUUCACCCCCUACGUCCCCUGUCACCCAUGUACACUACUCUACGAUCCUCUGUCACCCAUGUACACUCCUCUACACCCCUCUGUCACCCAUUUCCACUCCUCUACACCCCUCUGUCACUCAUGUACACUCCUCUUCACCCAUCUGUUACCCAUUUACACUCCUCUAAGCUCCUCCGUCACCCAUGUACACUCCUCUACACCCUUCUAUCACCAAUGUACACCCCUACACCCUUCUGUUAUCCAUGUAUACUACUCUGCGCUCCUCUGUCACCCACGUACACUCCUCUACACCCCCAACACCUCUCUGUCACCAAUGUACACCACUCUGUCACCCCCUUCACCCCCUUUCACCCAUUUACACCCAUCUAUCACUCAUAUACACUCCUCUAAACCACUCUGCCACCCAUGUACACAUCUCUACACCCCCAACACCCCUCUGUCACCUAUGUACACCCUUCUAUAACCCCGUACACCCC